AUGGUCCACCAGAUCCUGCACCGUCUUCUCGAAAAGGACGUCAACUUACAAGCCAACACGCCCGUGAGCAGCGUCUCCGAGACGCCAGACGCAGACGGCAAGUGGACGGUGCAGACCCCCCGCGGCGCCAUCACGGCCGGCAAAGUCGUCGUCGCGGCCAACGGCUACACCGCGCAGGUCCUCCCGCAGUACGAAAACCGCAUCGUGCCCGUCCGCGGUAUCUGCAGCCGCAUCACGUCGCCCAAGGGCAUCCGCACGCCGCACCUGGUCAACACGUACGGCAUCCGCUUCGACGCCGUGAACAACGACUACCUCAUCCCGCGGGCAGACGGGAGCAUCGUCGUGGGCGGGGCGCGGCAGAUGUUCUGGCACAAGCGCGCGGAGUGGUUCGACAACGUCCGCGACGACGAGCUGGUGCGGGGCGCGGCGCCGUAUUUUGACGGCUACAUGCAGAGGCUAUUCCGGGGCUGGGAGGAUAGCGGGGCUGAGGUCGAUCGGGUGUGGACUGGCAUUAUGGGGUACAGCUCUGACUUCAUGCCGCAUCUUGGGGCGGUGCCUGGCAAGCCCGGGCAGUUCAUCAUCGCUGGGUUCUCGGGUCACGGUAUGCCAGAGAUUCUCCUGUCCAGCAAGGGGGUUGCGGCCAUGGUAAGGGAUGGGGUUGCGUUCGCGGAGACGGGUUUGCCCAGCAUCAUGGAGACGUCAGAGGCGAGGAUCUCGCGCAAGGACAGCCCGCUGGAGGAGGGAUUGAAGUCGGUUUGGAAGGGAGAGGGAGAGGUCAAGGCGAAGCUGUAA